AUGAAUGAUUUGGUGGCUGAUGUUUAUCCAUUCUUUCGAAUCUAUAAAGACGGUCAAGUUGAACGUUUUGAUGAUAUAAGUGCUAGCAUAGGCUUUUCCUUCGUACCACCAUCACUUGAUGAUCCAGAAACUAGUGUCUCCUCUAAAGAUGUCACAAUUUCACCAUAUGUUUCUGCUAGACUCUACCUUCCUAAAAACACCACCAAUAUUACUCAAAAAUUUCCCAUCUUAGUGUAUUACCAUGGUGGUGGAUUUGUCGUGGGGUCCACUUUCUCGGAUGUCCAUCAUCGUUACCUCAACAUAUUAGCUUCAGAGUCAAACACAAUUGCAAUUUCGAUAGAGUACAGGCUAGCCCCAGAGCAUGACGUACUAACGAUUUAUGAAGAUUGUUGGACUGCACUUCAAUGGAUCGUGUCACAUGUUGAUGAUGAAACUUCGAGCAACAAAGACCUAUGGUUAACAAACUAUGGUGAUUUUGAUAAAUUGUUUAUAGUUGGAGACAGUGCUGGUGGUAAUAUAGUUUACUAUAUGGCUAUGAGAGCGGGAAUAGAAGGUGGUAUUAAUGAAAAUGUCAAUAUUUAUGGUUCGAUUCUUGCUUUUCCUUACUUGUUGAUGCCAAUUGAGAAUAUUGAGCAAGUGUUUUCGUAUAAGAUUUGGAAGGCUAUUGUACCUAUAUCAGAAGCUGAUAUUAAUAGCUCGAUGAUUAAUCCAUUUGUUGAGAAGGCUCCUUGUGUGUCUGGGCUAGGUUGUUCAAGAUUAUUGAUGUGUAACGCGGAGAAAGAUGAGUAUAUUCCAAGAGAAAUUGGGAUUCGAUUUGUUGAGGGCGUGAAGAAUAGUGGUUGGAAAGGGGAUUUAGAGUUCAUUGAAAUUGAAGAUGUAGGUCAUUGCUUUCAGUUGGCUGAUUUUGAAAUUGAGAAAUCUCGAGAUUUGAUUAAGCGUUUUGCUUCUUUCAUUUCAACAUAA